UAGAAACGAGGAACUGCACGAUUAUGUGAUUAUAAUAUCACUUGCAAUGUCUCUCAUAAGUAAACUUUUGUUUGAACCGUAUGUUCAUUAUAGUUGCUAUGAACUUGGUCAUACGUGGACCCCAGGAUGUUGGAAGGCGUUCUUUGAUACAAUGACAUUUGCAUUUAGAGCAUCAUUGAGAACUUACGCGUCAUUUUAUCUGCUAACAGCAGCAUUAAAGAAUAAGAAUAAGGAGUACUACCUGACAAAGUUUCUGCCAGAUAUGCUGAGGUCAACUGUUUUUCUGACAGCUAACGCAUGUCUCUUCAUUGGAGCAUUUUGUAUGAUAGGUAAGGUGCUUGGUAAAUAUGGCCUCAUUACAGCUGGCUUUGUGCCAGCGUUCAUCGCUUCGUUUCUAUCUGUGCUGAUUGAAAGAAAAAGCAGAAGAGGAAUGCUAGCUGUGUACCUAACAAAUUUGGCAAGUGAGUACCUCUUCAAAUCACUUGUUGCUCAUGGAUAUAUCAAGCCGAUUAAAUUUGGAGAGGUCUUCAUGUUCAUGAUUACGGCUGCUGUGUACAUGUUCCUCUUCUGCUCACAUGAUGGUCUUGCUGGAGCCGAACAAAAAGGCAUAAAGUUUAUUGUGGGAGACUUAGAGCAAGUCAAUGGAGGUGACGAGUGGCAGGCAAAAACUGAAACCCGAAAGAAACAAGUUUUACUUGGUGCAAAAUAUUUAUUAGGUCUUACUAAGUACAUUAAUGUGCUUAACAAUGUUGUCAAAAGUUGGAGGAAACACCACCUGUGCAGACAUUCUCAUAGUUGCCUCUCCUACGUGAUCCAGGGCACACUUCGGAACUUCAUGAUAGGAUAUGGAAUACAGGGAUGCAUGAAACUCGUGGGGAGUGUGCCAAAAUUGCUAAAGCAGCCGCAUUUACUACUCACUUCUCUCACACAUGGACACAAUGUGCGAUUAGGGUGCUUCUUGGCUGGAUUUUGUGGUAUUUUUAGGGGAGUGUGCUGCCUUCUGAGGUGGCUCACAGCUGAACACAAGAGACAACAUGCCGCAGUAGCAGGGUUUCUAGCUGGUAGUUCCAUGGGCUUCUACCGCAGUGUGCCAAUUUCACUGUAUCUGUUUUGGAAGUUGUUGGAGACACUGUAUUACAAGGGAAUAGAAGCAGGCCAUCUUCCAAGCUUUAGGCAUUUUGACGUUAUGUUGUACGCGUUCUCUACAGCAAUUAACUUUCAUGCGGCAGUAUUUAGUCCACAUUUGAUGAGACCAGCCUACUGGGAUUUUCUGAAGAAGCUCACAAAUCAAAGGUUUGCGGAAAUGAACCGCCUAGUGUUGGAUAUUUAUGGAACCAAUGCUGCAAAGAUAUGCCCUAGUGUCUGGCCUGAUUAUGAUCCCAAUCAUACACACUUGACUCUGCCUGCAAUCAAAGACAUGUUUAUAACCAAGUAAGGUAUUAGAAAAUAUGACGAUUUCAACUGUUCGUAGCUAAGUCGCUGGAAUAUCUUCGGACUCGCUGCAAUCAGAAAUGCACUGAUAAAGAAGUAAGGUGAUAAAGAAUGUGAUGAUUUCAACGGCCUGUAUCGAAUUCAAUAAGGUAUUGUGCAUUACGGUUUUUCAUUUGUAUAUUUUUUUAAUGAAGGUAAUGUGUAAAAGUAUGUGUAAUAUGUGCUGUUAAUUUUACUGCUUAUUAAGAAUAACUUGCCUUAAAUGUCAUGCAUUGUAUGAAGCCAUAUGGUAAAGACAAUCGUGAGAUGUUCCAAUAAUAGAAUAUAUUUCAUGUUAAAUGAAUGUGCGUGUUAUUAACAAAAGCAUGUUAAUACAGUGCUUGGGCAAUUAUGAAAGGUAUUUGAUUAAAAGUUUUAUUAUUAA